CUCCUUUGUUUUGAGUUGAGCUCGAACUUGAAGCAGACAAAAAGAGAGAGCGCGAGAGCGGAGGAGACCCGGAGCCGUUGCGCGGCUCCUUCUGAUCGGCAGAAAACUGUGAUUGACAGCACCCAAAAGACGACACUCAUCAGUAUUUUCUCCAUGAUAUUAUAAAGAGUUGAUAUAACAAUGGUACUAAUAAUGUUGGGACGCAGAUUGAACAGAGGGGAGAGCCGAGCUCAGGAAUCCCCGGUCACGAAGCGUAAAGUUUUUGAAAUGGACCCAAAGUCUUUAUCAGGCCACGAGUUCUUUGACUUCUCUUCUGGCUCAUCCCAUGCAGAAAGCAUACUGCAAAUCUUCAAUGAAUUUCGCGACAGCCGCUUGUUCACAGAUGUAAUAAUCUGUGUUGAAGGCAGGGAAUUUCCUUGUCAUCGAGCUGUUCUUUCAGCAUGCAGCAGCUACUUCCGAGCUAUGUUUUGCAACGAUCACCGAGAAAGCAGGGAGAUGUUGGUAGAAAUCAAUGGAAUUUUUGCGGAAGCUAUGGAUUGUUUUUUACAAUAUGUGUAUACAGGCAAGGUUAAAAUCACAACAGAUAAUGUACAGUACCUCUUUGAAACAUCAAGUCUCUUCCAGAUAAGUGUUCUGCGUGAUGCUUGCGCUAAGUUCCUGGAAGAGCAACUGGAUCCUUGCAACUGCCUAGGAAUCCAGCGUUUUGCCGAUACACAUUCACUGAAAACACUAUUUACCAAAUGCAGAAAUUUUGCACUGCAAAAUUUUGAGGAUGUGGCCCAGCAUGAAGAAUUUCUUGAACUUGGAAAAGAUGAACUCAUUGAUUAUAUUUGCAGCGAUGAACUGGUAAUUGGUAAAGAAGAAAUGGUUUUUGAAGCCGUUAUGCGCUGGGUUUAUCGGGCUGUUGAAAUCAGACGCUCAGUGCUACAGGAAAUUCUCACACAUGUGAGAUUGCCCUUGUUACACCCCAACUACUUCGUUCAGACAGUGGAAGUGGACCAGUUGAUCCAAAACUCUCCUGACUGCUAUCAGCUGCUGCAUGAAGCAAGACGGUACCACGUACUUGGAAACGAAAUGAUGUCCCCAAGAACUCGGCCACGGAGGUCAACUGGCUAUUCUGAAGUGAUAGUUGUUGUUGGAGGCUGCGAAAGAGUUGGGGGAUUUAAUUUGCCCUAUACAGAAUGUUACGACCCCAUGACAGGAGAGUGGAAAUCACUGGCUAAAUUACCAGAAUUUACAAAGUCUGAGUAUGCAGUUUGUGCUUUGAGGAAUGAUAUCCUCGUUUCAGGUGGAAGAAUCAACAGCCGUGAUGUGUGGAUUUAUAAUUCUCAGCUUAACAUUUGGAUCAGAGUUGCCUCUCUAAAUAAAGGGAGAUGGCGUCAUAAGAUGGCUGUUCUUCUUGGUAAAGUAUAUGUGGUUGGAGGAUACGACGGACAAAGCCGACUGAGCAGCGUAGAAUGUUAUGACUCAUUUUCCAAUCGAUGGACAGAGGUAGCAUCUCUUAAAGAAGCAGUGAGUUCUCCAGCAGUUACCAGCUGCGUGGGCAAACUGUUUGUGAUAGGCGGAGGUCCUGAUGACAACACAUGCUCUGAUAAGGUUCAGUCUUACGAUCCUGAUACUAAUUCUUGGCUACUCCGUGCAACAAUCCCCAUUGCAAAGAGAUGUAUAACAGCUGUAUCACUAAACAAUCUCAUCUAUGUUGCGGGAGGGCUCACAAAGGCAAUUUAUUGUUAUGAUCCAGUUGAAGAUUAUUGGAUGCACGUGCAGAAUACAUUCAGUCGACAGGAAAACUGUGGCAUGUCUGUGUGUAAUGGCAAAAUCUACAUCCUUGGUGGGAGGCGAGAAAAUGGAGAAGCUACAGAUACCAUUCUUUGUUAUGAUCCUGCCACCAGCAUCAUCACAGGAGUAGCAGCAAUGCCCAGGCCAGUCUCAUACCAUGGCUGUGUGACUAUUCACAGAUACAAUGAAAAGCACUUUAAACUCUAAAAAAGAGGAGAGUCUGUAAAUACAAAUAAGUGGCAUAUUACAAUCAGGAUUUGAAAGCUGCCUUUUCCAAAGUAUCAUCUGGAAAGAUACAAGAUUGUACUUUUUGCUUUUAAAAUUUUGAAAGUGA